AACUUUUGCGUCAUAUCAUGGCUGCCAUAAAGCUUGAUCUUGGUUGCUUUUCUUAUGAAAGAGUGCUUGGUUUUCUUUGAACGUCGCGAAUUCUGUCAAUCUGUCUUUUAUUUACGUCCCGACAUGCUUUGUUCGGUAAAGUUCAGAUAAAGUGAUUUUAGUAGUGAGAGAGUGAUAAUGUCAUUAAUUUAGAAGUAACAAAUUUCGACCAAAACAAAAUGAACGACGGCGAUUGGAUAUGUAGCGACUCGAAUUGUGGUAAUAUUAACUUUGCGCGACGAAAUUCUUGUUAUCGCUGCAAUAAAGAGAGGCCUAAUGCAGGAAAACCUUCUAAAAAGAAGCUCGGAACUGAGAUCGGCAAGUCAGCAGCGGAGAAAUCCCGCGGACUUUUUAAUGCCGACGACUGGCAGUGCAAUAAAUGCGCUAAUGUCAACUGGGCCCGGCGUCAGACUUGCAAUGUUUGCAAUGCGCCAAAAUUUGGUGAGGUGGAGGCCCGCACUGGCUAUGGAGGAGGUUACAAUGAGCGAGGUGUUGUCGAAUAUCGUAGAAGAGAAUCAUCUUCAGAUGAUGAAUAUGAUGAGUUUGGAAGAAAAAAACGAAAACGGAAAUCGGUAUCACAAGAAAAGGUUGGCAUCACUGAAGGACCUGUAAACAAAAAGUUGCCACCAACUAUGCUGCAGAAGGAAAUAAAUAUGGACCAUGUAAUGCCAGUACCAGUUUUGAAUAUGUCAUUACCGACCACCAUAUAUAAUCCUGUAAAAGCUAACGGCAGUCUUAGUGAUGGUUCAGUAUGUGACCUUCCUCCGCUCAACAAAAUAGCAUUGAAAGGAACUCAUUUUCAAAAUCAACCUUUUUAUCAACGAGAUUUAAUCAUUCCACCCUAUAAGACUAAUGGUAUUCAACGUAAACGCUUUAAAAGUGUUGGUGAUAAAGACCAAACGGGUUCAUCUGGCUAUGAUACUAGUUCGAAGAAAAGUAGAAAUGAAAGUAGUGUUUCACCAGCAAUGAAAUCUUAUAAUCCAGUCAUGGAAAAUAGGGUUACAUCAACUAAUAAUGAUGUUGUGUAUAAAUUUACUGGGUCAAAUCCAGCUGAGGAUUUUGAAGUGACUUAUACUGUUGAAGAAAGAGUUAGGGCAGCGGCUUUUGCUAUAGUAUAUAACAAUUGCAAAAUCAGUACAGAAAGAUUUGAAUCGUUGUAUGAUAAACCAGCUCCUGAUUUCAAGACAAUUUUUUCUUGGAGGCAAAGACUUUUAACUACUGGAUGUUUGGUUGAUUCACAUUUAGAGGUACACAAAAAGGAUUUGGAAAGGCCUUUUAACAAUCAAACUAAUACUGCUGGAAAUAUCAAUAGAAAAAAGGUUUCUCAAAAGCUCCCAAAUCCAGAUGAAAUUCCUAUUGUAUCUGAUAGUGAUGAAGAAAAUUCUUCUAAGAAUCCUGAUGUAAAUAAUCAAGUUUCUUUUAGCUUAAGGCAAAAGAGUUUAAGUGCAGAUACCUUAAUUAUCGGAGGUAUAGCAGAUAGUGAGACCAGGGUCACUGGUGGUUCUGUUAGCACUGUGGACGAGAGAAUGUCACAAGGUAGAAGUCACUCUGCCUCAACACAUCAUAGAACUAGAUCUAGCUCUUGUGACAGUCAAGAUUCUAACUAUCCUGAAUCAGAUGUGGAACAAAUGGAAACACAAAACUUAAAUACAAAGAAAAAUAAUUCUGUAAAAUCAAACAGUACAAGGCAGUCGGUUUGUGAUUCCGACUCUGAAUCAAUUUCAUAUAAUAGUGAUGAAGUAGACUUUCGAUCUCGUGUUUUUGGUGAUAGUAGAAAGUUUAAAUGUAAGGCAAACAAACGUCCUACUACUUCUAACGAAAGUAACUUGUAUACAGCAACAGAAAAUCAACCAUUCCAAGGCUAUAGCACACUAAAAUUAUUAGAACAAUCUCCAUUAGUUACUGGAAAUAUUUAUUCCAUGUCUAAUUUUAAAAGUAUGAGUGUAAAUCAUAGAAACAGAGAUUCACAUAUAGUUGAAAAUGAUGGUUACUCCAGUGAAUAUGUACCUACAAAAGUAGGGGUAAAAGUUAAAAAUAAUUAUCAAGAUUUUAAAAAUAAUGUAAAGAAAAGAGGAUUCUGGGCAAAAGGAAAUGGAAGUACUUUUUCAAAUGUACCUACUAUACCUGUUACUGCACCUGCUGAGCCUAAAGAUGAUGGUGUUAAAAAAUCUCUAACGAAUAAUUACUAUGCUUUCACCCAAUAUGAAACACAACUUCCAGGCUUGGAAAAUCGACUUGAAGAUUUUACGAAAGAUGAAAUUGAUAAUUGUAUGACAACAGAUCAGUAUAUGCCAUUUGAUAAACCACUGGAACUUGAAAAAAAUGAAAUGAAAGCAACUGAGAGUUCCUCUCGUGUCUUUGAAAUAGCACAAUCGAGUUCUGCUGUAAAAAAUAGAAGUAUAAUGGACAUUUUUGGAAACAAUGACGAGAGUCAAGAGAGUUCUAAUAAGAGUAAUGAUUUGGAUAAUUUCGAUAGUGUAAAAAAAACGUAUAACACUGAAUGGGAUGCGGAUGAUGACGCUCUCUAUAAAAACUCUGACUCAGUUGAUAUUCUGCCUGAAAACUCAUGUGAUGUGCGUAAGCGUACUCCAUCACCACCGAGUAUUGGUGCAAUAAGAGCGCAGAGUCCAGUGACCAACACGUUAUAUGGAACUAGUUUAGAUACUCAAAAAGACACCAAAACAACUUCGAUUGACAUAAAUGUUAUAACAGAAAAACGUGAUAUGUUAUUAGGUUUACUUAAAGAUUUGCAAGGAAAUGAACAAACUAACAAUGAUAUGUCAUGCACAUCUACACCUACAAUACCAAAAAGUAGCCAUUUAAAUGAAAAUUUAAAUCAUAUUGCUACCACUAAUUUUGUAAUGCCACAACCAGAAGCGAUUCCUAAAGAUAUUUGUAACCAAAUAAAUUUUAUAGCAGAAAGCAAUAAUGACAUUCCCUUACCCCCCUCAGUACCUGAAAUUAAAUCUAAGGUAGUAAGUCCUUCUAAAAGAGUACAUGUUUUAGAAUCAAUAACAAUAAAACCAGACAAUCGCAAAAAUAUACCUUGUGUUGUAGAUAAACCUGAUAAGAUGGAAUUUGAUAAAGAUCGACCUUUUAAUGCACAGUCAACUAAACAGACAGCAGAAAUUGUUUCACCACAAAACACUGUAAAUCAGGAUGUUAAUAAAACCCAAACAACAUCAAACCCAUUGCAGCUUGACCUUUCAAACAUAUUAUCCAAUAUAAACACAAAUACACUUCUCCUGGCUCUUCAAAACUUACAACAGUUUUCACAACAGCCAAGUAAUCCUGUGCAUAAUGAUAAUUCAGGUAAUGGCCAUGAUAACGGAAACAAUGAUAACGAAACAUUGGAAACAAUUAAUUUAACAAAUGACGAAGAUUGGGAGAAAGAGUCAAAUCAGGAUGAGAGUAUAGAAAGAGAGUUAGAAAAGUUAGAUGGAAACACUGGGGAUACACCUUUUUUAAGUGAUAUUUUUGACCCAGGUCCAGUCGUAAUGCCUCCGAGUGGUACCAAAAAAUUAAAUAUUAAUCUCAAAAAUACAAGUGAUAAUAAAACAAAUCAAACUCCACAUUUGAACGAAAACGCUCCUGUGAUAGGAAAUUUCAAAAGUUUUGCACUUCCAAAACCAAUCAUGUUAAAUAGACUGAAAUUGACGGUUAAACAACCAGACAAGAAUGUUAAGACUGGCGAUGGAAAAAGAAUCAAACGGAAAAGAAAGACUAAAGCAUCUGCUUCUCAAGAUGAAGAAGCCGGUGAGGAAGAAGAUGAAGAAGAAUCAGGUGAUGACGCUGACCUCUCUAAGUAUGAUCUAUGGGGCAGCGAUGGGGAACAGGGCAACUCUUCCAAAAUGGGUGAUGACAAUAAACAAAGAGAUGACUACAAAGAUGAUACCUCAAAUACUGUAGAUAAAAAUGGAAGGUUAGAAACUAAAAGCAAAAAAAGAUCUAGAAGCUCAUCUUCAUCAUCAAGUACUUCGUCUAGUUCAAGUUCAAGUCACAGUUCUACCCAAACGCCCAAAAAUAAAUUCGAUGACUUCAACCUAAACAGCGAGCGCGAGUCUCAGCACGGUUCGCCUAAAGCUCGCAAGUCGCGGUCGCGGUCCCGUUCACCGCGAUCGCGCUCUACGGGCACGCCUUCUCGGAGAAAGUCACGCGACAGCCGGUCUGCGGGGGAAACCAGGAGUCACGACACGUCCCGGGAAAAGGAAAGAUCCCGAGAACGGGAUAGACGCGAUAGGUCCCGCGGUUCCCGCGAAAGGAAGGAACGUAGAUACAGCCGGGAGGGUUCAAGCAAUCACUACGGUGCCAAAGGAAGACACCGCUAAAUUCCUCAAAAAAAAAAAUUAAGAAAAUAAUAGAUUUGUGCUAAGCGUCAAAAUGAAACAGUAGUGUAGUUUAUAGCAAUGUCUUGAAUAUCUUUUGAAGCGUUACAGAUAAAAUAGUUAACUGUCAAUAUAAAUCCUAUGAUUACACAUAUGAUUACACAGUGGUAGACAGUAAUCACAGAAACAAGAUUUGUGCUAAGUCAAAAGAAACAGUAGUGUAGUUUAUUGCAAUAUCUUGAUAAGUGAAGUGUUAAAGUUACUUGUCAAUGUUAUUUCUAUAAUUUACACAGUGGUAAUGUUUUCCUGUGCAUAUUUUGUUACUAUUAUUGAAAUAAGAGAAAAUCUUUGAGACAGAGUUGCUUUACACGUUUGUUAAAAAAUAUGUGAGCUAUGUUAAUUUUAUAUUCGAACCAUAUUUGACGAUAUGACGUAGGCUAAUGAGAUUUAUGAUUAAUACAGUUCAAAUGAGUAUAAAAAUCUAAAAUGCUAA